AUGGAACAGUAUGACUUAUUAGCGCCAGGGAAUCUUGUACGAUUCGUCGGCGAGGUUCUCAAGUCUAUCGGAUGGCCAGCCAUAGUGGCUAUUCUGGUCUCCAUCUGCGUGGUGACUCGUCUCAUCACCGAGUAUCAGAGUCGUUCCCGUGGGAUCUCCGAGGGACGUCCGCGUCCCGUAAGGACGGUGCCAUAUUGGCUACCCUGGCUAGGCCAUGGCCCGGCCUUUGCCUGGGACCAUGUCGAUCUCAUUCAAAAGUCCAGAAAGUCGAUGAAGGAGGCCGUGUUUGGAAUCUAUAUGGGUGGCACCAAACACGAUGUUGUCGUGUCCCCAUCCAUGGUUAACUCGGUACUGGCUGCUCGGGGUACCUCCUCGACGGACUUGAUCAACUAUGCCCUUGAGAAAAUCUUUGGCGACCGAGGCGUGAUUCGUAAAUUGAAUCCUGUAGACCAUCAUACGCUCAACCACAAUAUUCCCAACCUUCUUAUGCGGGAGCCUUUUUUGACCGAAGGCACAAGAACCGCUACCCGCCUGAUUGAACGGGAGAUCCCUAAUCUGGUGACCAACUGCCGAAGCAUCGUGGACCAGAUGCUGUGGGAGCGCGGAAGCCAGGCUAUUGUCAUUGACGGGGAAGACCCACUUGCCUGCGAGGUGAACUUUUUCGCCCUCAUCAGAAGGUUCGUUGGACACGUCACUACGGCAAUCUUCAUGGGUGAGGCCAUUCUUGAGGCUUUCCCUGCCCUGCUGGAAGAUGUGUUCACGCUGGACAACCAGUUUGUGCCUCUGUCCAUGGGCAUCCCUCGGUUGGCCCACCCUGGGGUUUCUGCAGCGCAUGUUGCCCGUAGACGGCUCCUCGAUUCUCUUACAGAGUACCAUCAGGCCUUUGUUGCUUGGGAUGAUGGGAUUGAUCCUGGACUCACGUUUCGAGAUCUUGACGACAUCUCAGAACCUAUCAAGGAGCGGAUCCGCAAAUGCAAAGAGCUAGGACUUUCUGCAAGGUCUAGCGCACCUACACAUCUAUCCUUGCUUUGGGCGAUGAAUGGAAACUCCCCGAAUGUUGUCUUUUGGCACCUCCUUCGGAUGUAUGCCAGCCCUACGCUCCUGGAAGAAAUUCGCAAGGAGGUCGCUCCUUAUGUGAAGAUUGUCCGGCAGGAAAGCGGCUUCGCUUUCCAAGAAGCCCCCAAGCUGUCAAUCGAUACAGAAGCACUAGUCAAGUCGUGCCCGCUGUUGAAGGCAAGCUUCUAUGAGACAUUGCGCUUGGAUUCAGCGCCUCUGUCGUUUCGGGGAGUUACCGCUGACCUAACCAUCACGGAAUCCGCUGAAGAUGCCGCCAUCGCUGGCGUAGCGCAGCCUCGGUCCUAUGAACUCAAGAAGGGCGAUACGGUGGCUAUUCCGCACGCUGUUCUCCAUACAGACCCCAAAUACUUCGCGAAUCCUCGUGACUAUGACCCGAUGAGGUUCAUCUCGACCGACUCCGAAACUGGGCAGAGGAAAGCGAACGUGCACACCAUCAAGCCAUUUGGUGGCGGAGUAUCUGGAUGCAAGGGCCGUGCCUUUGCAGAGAGGAAGCUCCUUGCGUUCGCCGCGGCAAUCAUCACCAUGUGGGAUGUCAAGCCAGCCCAAGAGGGAGGCUUCACCAUUCCUGAACAUCGGCCGUCUGGCGCGGCAUAUCUGCCUCGGAAGGAUGUCCGGGUGCGGAUCACGCAGCGUGCUUAA